UGCACAGCUGUCGGAGAUCGGCGCUGACUCCGGUAGCUUGACCAUGAGGUGAAAGUCUCUCCGCCGUGAAGCUCCAGCGCAGCGUCGGGUCCGAAGUAUCAAAGGCGGAGAACCGGGAGUUUUAGCAGACCUACGUCAUUGGGAUUCUGAAAACCGGAAGCCAAAAGUUUUUUUUGUUCUUCUUCACGCGCAAAGUGAUAGUGGAGGAGAAGCGUGAGGAGGGGCGCAACAAGGGACGAGAAGUAACGGCGGGUGUUUUCACGGCUUCAGCGAAGUGCAACUGGGAUAGAGACCCACAAGCACACAGGCAUCCGCUCCUGGUCAGCGGGCCACCGACGACGCACACAUUAGCCAUGUGGGAUCAGAACGAGUUCGAGAAACACUGGCGGAAUGAGUUCCCCGACGGCGACGUGCCGAAAAUGGACCUUAAGUCUGUGGAGGACGUCGAGGAGGAGCUGGAGAGAUGCAAAGCGAGGCUGAAGGUGCUCCAGCGUGAGCUGUCCAUGGAAAAGUUCAAGGUGAUAUACCUCCAGACCACGGUAGCCCGGCAUGGAGGCGAGGAGCAGCGGGACGGCGGCGAAAAGUUGAAGAAACGGAUGGAUGUGAAAGUGGAGGGGACGGAAAAAGGGGUAGCCUUGGGUGGAUACCCCGUGGAGCCCGCCCGGAGGAGGCACGGCAACGACGGCACAGACUCCGGGCAUGUCGUGGGGUCCGCUAGGAGUCCCCGGACAGGGAGACGUCUCCCCGCGCUUCCGCGGAAGCACCCGCAUCUCUGCAUACAGAAAGUGGCAGCGCCCGGCCGCACGCAGCCCAACAAAGCCGAGUCGGAGCAGGACACCAGCGACCACGAGUACGAGGACGUGGAGCUCAACGAGAACUUCGUGCGGGGAAACCUGGUGACCCCAAGGGCCGAGUCCCGCCGAGACGUGGUCCGGACCAUCCGUCUUAGCAAGGAUUUCGACUCCAGCGACGACGGCAGGCUGUCACCGGCCAGUAUUCCGGUGCCGUGCGGCUUGUCCCGCGGCUCCGGCCGCAGUACCCCUGAAAGACGGAGCGACGGCUACCUGAGCUCCGACCAUGAGGACUCCUCAUCCGUCGACUUCAACUACAACACAGACGGCUAUGAUGGUGACGCCACAGAGGAUCGCAAGUCCCAGGAUGGCUCAGAGACCAUGCCCUUCAUCGAUGAGUCGCCCACCAUGUCCCCCCAACUCUGCGCCCGUGGCCCUGACGGCGAAGCUGUGUCCCCCACACCCCCCGAGGGCCUUUUGCCUGGGGCUGAUAUCGAGAAGGGGCUGGAGAUGAAGAAGUUGGUGCUUUCGGGGUUCCUGGCCAGUGAGGAGAUCUACAUCAACCAGCUGGAGGCCCUGCUCCUGCCCAUGCGACCGCUCAAGGCCGCCGCCACCACAUCUCAGCCGGUCCUGACCAACCAGCAGAUCGAGACCAUCUUCUACAAGAUCCAAGAUAUCUUUGAGAUCCACAAGCAGUUCUACGACGCCCUGUACCCCCACAUUCAGCAUUGGGAUGAUAAGGUGACCGUGGGUCACCUAUUUCAGAAACUGGCCAGUCAGCUCGGUGUGUACAAAGCAUUCGUGGAUAACUACAAAGUGGCUGUGGAGACUGCAGAGAAGUGCAGCCAGGCCAACAUGCAGUUCCAGAAGAUCUCAGAGAACCUUAAAGUGAAAGGGCCCAAGGACUCGAAGGACAGCACCUCCUCCGUCACCAUGGAAGCUUUGUUGUACAAGCCCAUCGACCGUGUGACCCGGAGCACCCUGGUUCUGCAUGACCUGUUGAAGCACACGCCCAAGGACCACCCUGACUUCGCCCUGUUGCAGGAUGCAUUGCGCAUCUCCCAGAACUUCCUGUCCAGCAUCAAUGAGGAGAUCGACCCGCGCAGGACCGCAGUCACCACACCGAAAGGGGAGGCUCGUCAGCUCGUGAAGGAUGGCUUCCUGGUGGAGGUCUCCGAGGGCCCCAGGAAGCUACGUCACGUCUUCCUGUUCACGGACCUACUCCUCUGCGCCAAGAUGAAGAAGACUGCUGUGGGGAAACACCAGCAAUACGACUGCAAGUGGUACAUCCCGCUGGCCGACCUGACCUUCCAGACGCUGGACGACUCAGACUCAUGUUCUCCCGUGCAGACGCUACCGGAGCACGAGAUCGAGGAGAUGAAGAUGAAGAUCUCCUCCAUCAAGAGCGAAAUUCAGAAGGAGAAGAAAGCUGUCAAGGGUCAGAGCAGAGCGCUGGAUCGCCUGCGGAAGAAGAUGAACGAACAGGAGUCCUGUCUGCUCCUCCACUCCCCCACCAUCCCAUUCCGUAUCCACAACAAACAUGGCAAAAGUUACCUGUUCCUGUUGUCCUCCGACUACGAGAGAUCUGAGUGGCGAGAAGCCAUACAGAAACUGCAGAAAAAAGAUCUCCAGGCCUGCGUCCUAAGUUCAGUGGAGCUCCAGGUCCUCACUGGCUCCUGCUUCAAGCUGAGGACUGUCCACAACAUUCCCGUCACCAGUAACAAAGAUGAUGAAGAAACCCCCGGCCUUUACGGCUUCCUCCAUGUCAUCGUCCAUUCUGCCAAGGGCUUCAAGGAAUCUGCCAACCUCUACUGCACCCUGGAGGUGGACUCCUUCGGCUACUUUGUCAGCAAAGCCAAGACCCGGGUGUUCCGGGACACCACAGAACCCCAGUGGAAUGAGGAGUUUGAGAUUGAGCUGGAGGGCUCACAGUGCCUACGCAUCCUCUGCUAUGAGAAGUGCUACGACAAGACUAAGCUGAACAAGGAUGACAACGAGAUCGUGGACAAGAUCAUGGGCAAAGGGCAGGUGCAGCUGGACCCACAGACUGUACAGUCCAAGAACUGGCACAUGGACGUCAUCGAGAUGAAUGGUAUCAAAGUGGAGUUCUCCAUGAAGUUCACAAGUCGUGACUUGAGUUUGAAGAGGACGCCGUCCAAAAAGCAGAGUGGAGUGUUCGGUGUCAAAAUCAGCGUGGUGACCAAACGCGAGCGCUCCAAGGUGCCUUACAUCGUACGCCAGUGCAUCGAGGAGGUGGAGAAGCGGGGCAUCGACGAGGUCGGCAUCUAUAGGAUCUCCGGGGUGGCCACCGAUAUCCAGGCCCUAAAGGCAGCCUUCGAUACAAAUACCAAAGACAUCUUAGUGAUGCUGAGUGACAUGGACAUCAAUGCCAUCGCGGGGACACUGAAGCUGUACUUCCGGGAGCUUCCGGAGCCACUGCUUACAGACCGCCUGUACCCAGCCUUCAUGGAGGGCAUUGUGCUGUCGGACCCUGCCGCCAAGGAGAACUGCAUGAUGCACCUGCUGCGAUCAUUGCCUGACCCCAACCUUAUUACCUUCCUCACACUCCUGGAGCACCUCAAGAGGGUUGCCGAGAAGGAACCUGUCAACAAGAUGUCCCUCCACAACCUGGGAACUGUCUUUGGCCCCACUCUCCUGAGACCCUCCGAGGAGAGCAGCAAGGGCCACGUCACGCUGGCCUCCGACAUCUGGUCACAGGACGUCAUGGCACAGGUCCAGGUACUCCUGUACUACCUGCAGCACCCGCCCAUCUCCUUCGCCGAGCUCAAGCGUAACACUCUCUACUUCUCCACGGACGUGUAGCCUGGAUCUGAGAGCAGGCAUCACUGCAGGACAGAGGCCAGCCCCCCCCCCCCCCACACCUUUUUACUGUACAGUGCCAGCAAGAGCUGGUGGCGGGCAAAAAAAAAAGUUCACUGUGCUCCCUUUGCAUUUCUUAGUCAUGUUUUUGUGUAAUUUUUGUGUUAAGCGUCAGCCCGAUUCAUGGCUGAUGAAAGGUAAAGAGCGGCGAUGCCACCCCAUGGCCAGCCAGUGCCCCCCACCCCUGCCCUUGGGUCCAUUCUUUGCCCCGGUGCAGGGUUCUGGGCAUCAGAGCUAGACCUAGACUCUGUUCCCUUCAUCCACCUGUCUGCCCGAGAUCCCACUUCUCCCUCCUAUUCCAUCCAUCCUCCCCAGCCAGUGCAGUGUCACGCCACCAUACCUACUGGAGAAACGCGGGCAGAACCACGGAGAACCCCUGCUGCGGUGGCAGCGCGGUGACGUUGCCACGGGAACAAGUACAGCGCGGCGUGAACUGUAUGCGUGGUGCUUGUCUGUCCACUUAGGAAUUCCACAAUGUUCUGUUACUUGUUCCCUCCCCAGAGACAUUCCAGAAGCGGCAUCUAUAUGUUUUAUAAAUAUUAUUUGUUCAGUGGUUUCCUUUCAUCUCCUUUUGAUUUGUGCAAGUGAAGAGGGAACGUGUACGUCUCCCGGGAGCAAGGAGGGGUCUGGCCUCACACGCGAAACUGCACCCAAAAGCGUGUGCUUCCCCAGGACUGCAGAGGGGUGUGGCCCCGCCUUGCUUGCACCCGAAAGCGUAUGUGUGUCCGUUUUGAGGAAGGCAGCCCUCUCCUAUGAGAGCUUAGGCCAAAUCUGCCAUAUUUAUUAUAAAUAUAUAUAUAUAAAUAUAUUAAGUGUGCCUGUACAGUUCAGUACAUCAAUAGAGUUACUCUGCGGAGUUCAUUGUGACCCUGUAGUGACGUUUUAGUUGAGCGCUCAUGUACAGUCACCGUUGACUGACCUGUACCGUAAUGAUACCAUGAAUAAAAAAAAAAGUACAAAAUUCUGAUGGGUGAUUCGUUAAAAAAUAAAAAAGCCAUGAAUGAGGGGUAAACUGAAUAGAAAUGGGGGAAUGUGGCAAGUUUCAUUUUAAGACACUCAAUUGCAAGCCAAUUCUGCGAAUGACAGCAUUCUAGGUCACCUUGCGGACCAUUUAUUUACCCACCCUCACUGCAUGUCAAGCUUGUCAGUGGUUGGCUGUGUGACAGAGAUGGAGUUCAGACGGCAGUUUUCCUGCUCUGGCAACAGCGAUUUCUGUAGAGAGAUACAAACUCAGCCCCUCUGCUGUCAAGCCCACCACAUCUUAAAAUACGCACUGUUAGAGUACUAUUUGAUAUUUUUAAUAUGAUUAAAGAAAAUCAAAACCAUGUAUUUUACUUCCAUUCAGGAGAUAUACUGAGUAUACUGUAUCAACGAUAAGGUAAAUGUCAGUGUGAAAUGUUUUUUUAGGAAAAUAAAAGUGUACUGAAGAGCC